AUGUAUAUAUGUACAAUUUCAUACGUGACGGAGAGGAUGCCCACAAAAAUAGAGAGAAGUUUACACUAUCGCGAUUUUGUCGUCCCAAAGAAGUUCCCAAAGUUGGUUGUCGAGUUACGGCGCGCGCUUUUUGGCUUUACAGUUACACAGUGGAAUCUGACAGUGUACGUGAACGGCUAA